UGGAGAAGAAGAGGGCGGCAUUUUUCACCCCACAGGAACUGGACAUCCUUAUUCGCUCAUAUGGAGAGUAUGAGCAUGUUUUUUUUUUUAAAAACCAACACCGCUGCAGGUGCCAAACAGAGGGAGACGGCAUGGGAGAACAUUGCGGCUCGGGUCAAUGCGUGCAAUCACGUGGGGGAGAAGCGCACCUGGCAGCAGCUUAGGAUGAAAUAUAAAAACAUUGUUCAAACAGCCAACAGAAAGAAAGCAGAUGCCCGUAAAACGGGUGGUGGCCCAGCACCGCCACCUCUAACGGAGGCAGAGGCGCUGGCCCUGAUCCAGAAUUGUGGAAGGCCAGCAACUGAGGGAAUCCCUGGAGGGAGCUCAUCCUCUGAGCCCACCCCCCAAGACACAAGUGCCUUUAUAACAUAUUCUGAUGGUGCGAUCUGCCUGGUGGAGCCCCCUCACGCCACAACAGACCUUGUAACUGAAGAAGAGUACGAGGAGACUUUGUCUGCUGCCUUCACAGAGGGGGAACCAGAAAGGCCUAUAGAGGGCAUGGCUGGGCAGCAGCAGGAGGGUCCCUCAACUUCAACUGCACAGAUUGACACAUUACCCGUGAAAGACAUCUAUAAAAUAUUUCUGCUGAAAAAAAUUGAGAAAACCGACAAAGAAAUUCAGUUCUUGGACCGCCAGAUGAGAAGGGCAGAUCUCGAAAUUGAAUUACUAGAGCACAAGUUAGAGGUGGGUGCAUGGUCACAGGUGAAUUAUGUUAAUUAUGUUAACUACGGGAACAUUAACUAAACUAUCUCUUGUAUUUGUAGGAAAUAAAGAAGACCAAAUGAAAUUUGUAUUAUGUUUUUAUUUGACUGCUGCUGUGUUGGUGGUGGUAGUGGUGAUGAUAUUGUCUUAAUCUCUGAAGUGGAUGCGGGAUAUGGUG